AUGACAUCCAGACCGCAGACCUUCACGAAGGUCGACCUUACUCCAAGGAGGCACCAUGGCUAUGCCAUACUAUUGUGCAUUAUGGGCACGUUGUUCCCUCCUCUAGCCGUCGCUGCGAGGUUUGGUAUCGGAUCCGAUUUCUUUCUCAACUUGCUGCUUACAAUCUGCGGCUACAUACCUGGUCAUGUUCAUAAUUUCUACAUUCAGAACAUCCGCAACAAUAAGAACCACCGACGUACACCGAAAUGGGUACAGCGAUACGGCCUUGUCGAUACGUCCGAGAUCAGACGCAAGGAACGGCGAUCGCAAUGGGCCAACCGAUAUAACGAACGCCUCCCAUCCUCGAGCUUGCGAGAUCAGCCGUAUGCACAAGGGGAGAUUGCUGGCUCAAACCCCAGUCUUGCAUCCAAUGAGGGGGGAGAGACUCGUCCGAACGCAAGUGCCAGUGGAGAGUUCUGGAAUCGGAGCGAAGAGCACUACUAUGGGGCAAACGGGGAUCGUGCGAGCGUAGAGUCAACUAGUACGAGAUGGCGCUAUCCUGCCAAUUUUGAGGACGCAACUCCGCCGGCGGAUGGGCAGAAGAAGAAUCGGAGGAAGAAGAAGGAUAAGAAGGACCGAUGGGCAAGGACAGAGGAUGCAUAUUCCAUUGCAGAUACAGAGUCAGGAACGCAUGGGAGGAAGUCAAAGAAGAAGAGCCGUACCGCGACAGUCGACUCUGAUACCUGGUCGCACGAUCCACCGGCAGAGUUGCCUGAGGAUCCUGAGGGCGGUUUCUAUGCAGAACCGAGGGAGGAGAGGGAGGAUCGCACGCCGACUGGAAGCAGUCCCUUGAACGAUGAUGAUAUCCUCAACCAAGAGGUGUAG